GCCGAGCGUGCGCGGUCGGCGGGCGGGCGGGCCCCGCCGAGGGAAGCAGCGCGGAGGGCGGCAGCGCCGCGGGGCCGCCGCGGGGAUGAAGGACCGGCUGGCCGACCUGGCGGAGUGUAAAGGAAAUGAAGAUGGGGAGACAGUUAUCAUCGAAAAAGACCAUUUUAUGGAUGACUUCUUCCAACAGGUUGAGGAAAUUAGAAAUAACAUAGCAAAAAUAGCACAAAAUGUGGAAGAAGUGAAGAAGCAGCACAGCAUUAUCCUGUCAGCACCAAAUCCUGAAGGAAGAACAAAGGAAGAACUUGAAGAACUAAAUGAGGAAAUCAAGAAGAUUGCUAAUAAAAUCCGGGCCAGGUUAAAGACUAUUGAGCAGAGCUUUGAUCAGGGUGACAGUGCCAAUCGGACAUCAGUGGACCUCAGGAUCAGAAAAACCCAGCACUCGGUGCUGGCACACAAGUUUGUGGAGGUGAUGACCGAGUACAACGAGACGCAGACGCUGUUCCGGGAGCGCAGCAAGGGCCGCAUCCAGAGGCAGCUGGAGAUCACUGGGAAGACCACCACUGACGAGGAGCUGGAGGAGAUGUUGGAGAGUGGAAAUCCCUCCAUUUUCACUUCUGAUAUCAUUUCAGACUCGCAGAUCACGCGGCAGGCCCUGAACGAGAUCGAGUCCCGGCACAAGGACAUCAUGAAGCUGGAGUCCAGCAUCCGGGAGCUGCACGAGCUCUUCAUGGACAUGGCCAUGUUUGUGGAGAGCCAGAGCCUCUCCCUUAGAUGGAUCAGAGAUGUGUGCAUUCCAAUGACCUGGCUUUCCCUCAAAAUCCCAUUUGAAGGGAGAAAUGAUCAACAACAUCGAGAAGAACGUGAUGAACGCCACGGACUACGUGGAGCACGCGAAGGAGGAGACCAAGAAGGCAGUGAAAUACCAGAGCAAAGCACGCAGGAAACUGAUGUUCAUAAUAAUAUGUGUAACUGUAUUGCUUCUGAUACUUGGAAUUAUCCUAGCAACAACUCUGUCCUAGCAAGCACAUUCCAAGAGUUACCAAGCUCCAGGAACUCCAGAGCACCCUCAGUGAAACCAAACCAAACCAGAUGAUGCCUUACCCGCCAGGAUGACCUGUCACUGAUGGCUCCAAGUGAAAGCAGAAUCACUCCUCAUGUUUACUCACCAGUGAAGAUCACAAUGGAUCAGGGCUGUGUGCAUUUCACAGCAGAAACUGGACACUUGCCAGGCUGAAACUUGGUUCUGAGCUAAAGUAACUUAGGGUUUUUUCACAUCUCAGUGUUACAGUUGAAGCAGGGAGUUGAGACUAUUGAGUUUUGAGUGUUUGGCUUUUUUUUUCCUAUUGCUAACCUGACUCUAAUCAUGACUUUCAGUACCUUGCCAGUGCUGCCUUUGUUAGCACUCUUGUGAAUAUUUUUAUGAGAUGUAGCCUUGUGUUUAAGUGUAUUAAAUAUUUAGUCACCUUAACCUAUUUAAACCUUAUGCUUUUUCUCCAACAAGUGCUAAAAUAUCUUACCCUGAAAGGACUACUCUUUGACUGCCCAGUGCAUUACACUUGAGAAGAAAAGUGAAAAAAAGCUUUUUUACACUUGCCAGGUUUUUUACUUUUUCUGUCAAGGUUAACUGCUUUAAAUGCUUCCCUCAUGGUUAAUAAAAAGUUAGUUGCAACAUUUCUGGUGAAGGCCUACAGCUCUGAAAUGCUGAGUUUGCACUCGGGCAGGUGACCUUGCAGGUGGUUCUUGUGCAGAGGAAGCUGAUGGAUCAGUUUAGCCUCAUUGCUUACAGGAGUAUGGCAGAAGUGACUUUGUAAAGCCAAAUCAAGUCUCCUUGUUCUGGAGUUUGCUAGUGUUGAGGUAUGGAUGUAGCACAGGGGGGGAGCUCCCCAGAGGAGUCUGGAGCUGAAUACGAGCUAAGACACUGAUGUGUUGUGACAUCUGUGUGGCUCUGACGUGGAUGAAGUGUUUUGGUGUACACGUGCCUUUGUAAGGCCAGCUUGCACCUCUUGAAAGCUUCAGAGAGCCCAGAUGUACCCAAAUAACUGCAUUGAAUGUUACAGGUUAUUUUUGUACUUUGGUGUGUAAGAUAUUUGUAACCUGGGUGUGACUCCUCGUUGUCCAGGCAUAUCCAUGUAGAUAUGUAGAUACAUUUACACUCUGAGAGAAGUGGAGGAGAGGAUCAUUUGUGCCUUUUCAAAGCUCUAACACUGCACUCAUCACUGUGCUCAGAUACUCAGCUCUCAUGCUGACUGCAGUAACUCAGUCCUGCCAGUUCAGAGUCCUUGGAUUUGGGUUUUCUUGGAAGUGUCUGAGAUCACAGUUACUGAGCAAGGGAGAAUUCAGGCUUCAUCAAAUCCAGCAAAGUUUACAGUCUCUCUUGUGUGUAUGAAUAUUCCUGCUUUGCUGUCCAGUGCACUGUGAAUAUGCUGGAGCUAUUCAGAUGUCAAACACGUUUAAAGAAGAAAACAAAUAUUGUAAUUGUUGUUGUUAUUAUUAUUAUUGGUCUCUUUACAAGUCAGCCAUAAAGAAGUCGCUUGAAAAAUUCGGCUUCAAGAACAAAUUCCUUUUACCUCUGAGUCCAGAACACUCACUGAUGUUUGUGAGGAAGUUUACAUGCAAAGUGAGGAAGGAUUGCUUGCCUUAAUGCUCAUUCUAGGUAAAUGUAUUUUAUUCUGUAGUUGUCUAGAUUUUUAUCAGUAAAUAUUAUUUAUACAGACAUGUGAAUUAGAGGGGGGGAAUCACUCCUGCUAUUUUCCAGCUGGUUAUGUAAACUGACCCUCAGAAUCCUGUCCUGUUGGAUUUUUUUCUCUGUAAUGCAGUAAUCUGCCCAUCAAGACCAGAAAUUUGAAUAGGCUACUCCACAGUUUUUACUUCUUGUUGAACAGCUGCCUCAAUGAGUUUGUUUUAAAGCAAAACAGACCUUUUCACAUGAACCUCUUUGUCUGGAGGUCGGAGGGGAGAAAAUCUCUAACCUGUGCACUAAUAAACUCAUCCAGCGAG